AUGCAAGAUGGGGAAAUCCAGCAGAGCAGAUGGCGGCGAGCCUACCGUGACCCAGAUUUGCCAAGAACGUCAAGGAGAAACCGCAAGAAGACCAAGAUCAGUCACGACUGCCAUUUGGAGAGGAAGGAGAUGCGGGUGCGGGAUCUGGGUCUUGGCUAUGACUCGGACGAAAUAAUCCUCUUUAAGUACUGUGUUGGGACAUGCCACAGCUCCCGCAAGAACUAUGAUCUGGUCGUGAAGGCUUUGACGGAAAAUGGGAGCAUCUCUGGGAAGAAGGUUAGCAGUCACCCAUGCUGUCGGCCGACCCGGUAUGAGACUGUGUCCUUUAUGGAUGAACAGACUACCUGGCAGACCAUCAGGUGGCUCUCAGCGGCCAACUGCAGCUGUUUUAGCUGA